AUGCGGCGGAAAAUCCAGUCGCUCAUCGUCGGAUAUGGCGUGCCGGCCAUCUGGUUCACCAUCAACCCGAACGACAUUACGAACCCGGUGAAGCUGCGACUGGCGGCAUACCGCACACGCGAUCCCGACGCGGCCGAGGAGUUCUUAGAAGGCCUUGGGGAUGCGUAUAAGCGGGCACGGCUGGCGAUAUCGGAUCCCAUGAGCUCGGCCGUGUUCUUCCACCGCGAGAUGAAGCUGUUCUUCGAUCAUUACGUGAAGGUCGGUGAAGAGUCGGUAUUCGGGCGCAUCGGCAAGUACUAUGGCGCCGUGGAGACGAACGAACGAGGGGCGCUUCAUGUUCACGGCUUGCUCUGGCUGCACGGGAACGCGCAUCUCAGCUCGAUGCUUGCCGACAUCCACGGGGAGGAUCAGGCGGCGUAUCGCGAGCGAAUCGUCCGAUACAUCGAUAGCGUCUUCUCAGAGGCGCCAUGGAGGUUAGUCGACAAGACCGCCCUCACGGCAGACGGGGUGCUGCAGAUCCGGAGGACACACAGCAUGGUCAAUCGAUGGAACGAGGCUAUUGCUGUCGGGCUCCGGCACAACCAUGAUAUUUCCUUCAUUGCGACGCAGCGCAAGACAAUGGCCCUCAUCUAUUAUGUCACGAACUACGCGACCAAGGUGGAGGACCCGGUGUGGAAGCGUGUGGCGGCCGCGGCCGAGCUCCUGGCCGCCUCAACAGGGAACAGGACGCGACAGUUCCUGAUGAGAGUGGCGAACCGCGUGUUCACGGAGCGUCCGCUAUCACAGGUCGAGGUCGUCGCUCACCUUCUCGGAUAUCCGGCCGAGUUCACCGACAGCAGCGCGUGGGCGUACCUGAACUGUUCUCUGCUGUACUGGGAAGUCUUUCGGCGAUGGCGGCAUCUCCGAGAAGCCAGUGGCGCUGCGGCUACGGAUGACACCUUGGAUGAGUCGGUGCUCAGGCGGCCGGGCAAGCACGCUACCGUCUGCCUCGACGGCUACCUGAGCAAGGACUUCACCUACGAUGACGAGUCGUGCUACCGGAGGGCAGCCGUGCAGCAUCUUGCGCUGUUCGUGCCGUGGGAGUCCUUCCUGGGCGAAGGAACAGGUGAGAUCAACAGCAUCUGGGCGCGGGCUCGAGACGCUAUGGCCCCGAGAAUAUCAUGUCUGGUCGACAACGUGCAGCUGCUUCGACGAUCCGCCGAAGACGCAAAACGCGACGCCAAGCAAUGGGCAGCCUCGUCCGGCGAUGGCGACCCGACGGUCGCACACGUCGAGGAGGGUGGAGCAGGCGAGGCGGGCGCGGAGUCUGCAGCGACAUAUCAGCCCAACAGCAUCGGAGACGCAACGCGGCUCAUCGACGUCGUCCGAGGUGCAGUGGGAGCGAAUCAGGUGACGGCCAAGUCGCCGGAGCUCAUGGCAAUGAUACAGCAGCUCUGUCGGUUUCAGCAAUCGGCGCUGCGCUCGACGGCCGAGCUCGAGGCCACGGCGCUGAUCGAACGAGGGAGAGGCGGUUAA